GGAGGCCGCGGGCACUCCCCGCACGGGGCCAUGUGACUGCGCGGGCGCGCAGCUGGGGCGAGUUAAACGCGAGUAGUGGCGGCGGUGGGGGCCGGCCGGCUGCCCGGCCCGGCUUUCGUUCCCGAGAGCUUCAUCCUUCGCGCAUUUCUUUUCUCCUUCCUUCCCGUCGGCGUUGAGGACUUUCCAAAAGCAGCGCCCGGCUGCCACUCAGCGCGGCGCGGCAUGAGCCGCCGCGGUUCUCCUGCGCGGUGACAGUAGCAGGCGGGGAGCGAUGCUGCCUGCUGCCCCGCGGCUCCCCGCAGCCCGCCCGGGCUCCUAGAGGCGUCGGCGCCGCCUGAGGAGCCGGCGAGGAGGGUAAGAGGGUGCCGACUGCAUGAGCGACCCGGAGCUGCCGCUUGCCAUGUGCGCUGGUAGCAUCUGGCUUUGGCAGCUCCCCGGUGCCGGUACCGGGUAGCCGGGGCGGAGCGGCAGCAGGGCAGACCGGCGGGGCCGCAGCCUCCGCCGCCGCCGGGGUCAUGGUGAAGGAGGAGUGCAAGGCGCUGCUGGACGCGCUCAACAAGGUGACCGCCUGCUACCGGCACAUGGUGCUGACCAUCGGCGGCACCUCGGACUCCCAGAACCUGCGGGAGGAGCUCAAGAAAACCCGGCAGAAAGCCCAGGAGCUGGCAGUGGCCAACAGGAACAAGCUCACCACGGUCCUGAAGGACAAAACCGUGAGUAAGGAAGAUAAAGCCGAGUUCGAGAGGCUAUGGGUGAUUUUCUCCACGUGCCUAGAGAUCCUGGAGAUCGACAUGAGGAGAGCCUUGGAGCUGGGCCACGAGUUCCCGCUAAACGUCCCCAAAAAGCACCUGAUCCAGACAGGCAUGAGUGGGGGAACCUCUGGUGUGGCCGCCAGGGCUAUGAGUGUCCAGAACAUGAAAUACGAGGCUGAGCACAAUAUAGAUGUGGUGGAUUUGAAAGACCUCGAGAACGAAAUCAAUCAGGUAGGAGAAAUGAUGUACGAGAUGGAAAUGAAGGUCAAUGUUCCCCAGUGGACAGUAGAGGCCAAGCAAGACCCAGGGGCUGAACUAAAAUCCACCAUCAGCGUGGGCGCUUCUUCUGUUGGCAUGAUCUCUGUGGAGGAAAAUAAAUCCUUCUGUGAUAUCAGCAAGGUUCUAGCUGGGAUUAUUUUCUCUGCUGUGCUCAUCAUUGCUAUUGUCCUGGCAGUGUGUGUGGUAAAACUCUCUUAGGGUGGUGCAGGCUCUGACAAGAGCAACCUCCCUCUGGUCUGUCUUUGGAGUGUUUCACAUCUCACCUGUAAUUUCAAAAUGGGUCACUUGGAUGAGUUUAGAAUUUAAACCUAGCACUUGAAAAAACAAAGGAAAACUUUUGCCUCUCAAUAUCCUAAAAUGCACGAUUUGUUUCUUGCUUUUUGAAGAAAAGGGAUGCAAAUCAGCCUGCAGAAUAGGAUGUCUUCAUUUGCUGGACUUGUAACGGUUAACUAUGAAGUAUCAGGGUAUUAUCACUACUGGCUAUAACAGGGAUUUGUAUGCUAUUAAUAGAUCACUAUUCUCAGAAGCCUUUAUCUUUUGUUCUUGAAUAGGCUCUGGUGUUUGCUGCUGGUCACUGUUUACAGUAUUUGAGAGUAACACAAAUUUGCAGGCUAACACGGGUGUUUUGUCUGACAGAAUAGAAUACUUUUUUUUUCAUCAAAUACACAAAAUAGUAUUUCAGUGGAGGAAGAAAAGAAGGAUGAAAACCCCAAUAAAGAACAUAAACAACCUCUAUUUUAGAUAAGUUAAUAUUUGGGGAGGGGGGGAGGUGUGGAGGAGGAUGGAGAAAACAGAGCAAGCAAUGUUUGAUACCAAAUACUGCUUGUUGAUUUAGGCUGGAUUGUACAGAACGCAGUUGCAUGCGUUGGCAGAGCAUAUGCAAAUAACUAAUGGCUUCCCAAUUCCAGAGAGAAAAAGAAGAGUUGCAUAUUCAGAAAAAUACUAGGAAGCCUCGUGGUUCUCACACACAUUUACCACAAUUUUGUCUUCCCCUGCAGAAAGGCUGAUUCUUGCCACUGGUUCAAAUUUUUCUUUCUGUAAAAGCAAACAAUUUGCACUUCACAAUUAAGUAUGAAGAUAGAAGCAAUGAAUUUACCCACAGCAGAAGCAAUAAUUUUUUGAAGAAUAGAUUUUGGGAAACAAAAAUGAUGUUGAGUUAAAGCAGUCCUUUCUAAUAAUCUAAAGAGAUCCCCUGUCAUGCAGACAGUCCGGGAUUGAUGCCUGUGUAUGUACAGUCACAUUUAUGCAAGCUCCUUAAUUCUUUGCAGGAAUCCAGACAAAGCUAAAAAUGUGUCUCAGUUUCAUAUCUCGUUCAUAUCUGGUUAAACAACUGGGAAACAGGAAGCCUGUAGGAUCGGUCCAAUUUGAUACACUGCAAAUUUGGGAGGUAAAUGCAAGAGCAGCAUAAAACUUUUCCCUAUAAAAUUGUCAAUGUUUAAAUGUAAAACUGGGGGGACAGACACUGUCUUUGCAGAGAAGCUCUAUAAUGUCUUGUAAAAGGACCUAUGUAUUACGGUAUUUAUUAUGUAAUUUAUGGAAAUGUCUUCCGUUACUGUGAACACACUAUCCGUUCAAGAAUGCUUAGUACAUGCUUUAUAGUGCCAUAAGUGUCUGAGGCACUCCACGGGCAAAUAGAAAGACCCUGUAAUAUUGCAUUUUUAUUAAGUUAUUAUUCUUUUGCAUUGAUUAUAAUGGACAUAUUAUCAAAAAGUAAUAAUCGGACAUGUUUUGUGAAGUUACUAGACAAUAGUCUUCAUGCUUGUUAAAAUUGAGAACGUUCAUAAACAGCUAAUAUUUUUGAGUUAAGAACUAAACAUACUUUGAAAAACUGCAACAAAGUUUAUUCUUUAAAAUCUUAGAGAACUGGAUUUGGGGAGAAAAAGUGUGUGACAAAUUUUAAUCUGGUCACUUGCAAGUCAGAAAAAAAAUAACCUAGGUGAAGAAAAAUAGUAAGUGGAGGCCUGAAUUAAAGGCUAUAGACUAUCACCAUGUUGAAGGAUAACGUCAGUUCUGCACAUUGAUCCAGUCUAGCUCCAUUCUCGUGGGAAUUCAGUUUUAUAAGAUGAUUCCACAUUCUUUUCUAUUGUAUUUCAUUCAUUCCAUAGAAAGUGGUUUGUCUGUAGUUAAUCUAGGAUCAUAGAGAUCCCUGGCAGCAUUCUAACAAAGUCAAGCCUGUAUUUAUGGGUGCUACUGUUUCAGUAUGUCUAGACAAGGUGUAAUUGCUGUGUGUUUAUUUAAAUGAGAUGAUCUUCACAAUCAUACUGAGUAAACAUCUUUACAGAAAAUACAGCAAAAACUGCAGGAGAAUGUACAUAUUUGGAUUGCCACCACUAGUCAUUAAGGAUUUGUGGAUAUUUUAACUCUUUGCACUCUCCUUUUACUUAGUUCACAGGCAGGUGGAUAAGAAGUUGAACUGUAUUCAGUGCUUCUGGAAAACAUCACGUUCCUUUUGAGAUCAGAUUUUUUAACCAUGUUCUGAAAACCUAAGUAAUGCAAGCAUGGCUUCUGGUGGAUAAGUAAGUGGUAACACCUACACCAUUCAUUAUCUUGUACCUUGGUAUCCUGAAGUGGGUAUACUGUUUAUCCACAGUUAGUUGUGUAGAAGAAUUUUUAAGAAUACGUAAUCUCAUCUUCAAAAGUAAGCUUCAGUGACUUAGUAAAUUUUACAUUUUCAGUCCGCUGCAUUUUUUGGAAUUUGGAUUUUUGGAUACAGGAUUCAAAGAAUUCAUAUAAGUAGCCUAUAAUUAUGUAUGUCUUGCACACAAUUAGAAUUUGAAGGAUUGGACCUUGGAAAAAUAAUGUAUUUCCAAGUCUGAAGACAAACGUGGCUGCAGAUUAAUUUAUCAUUAGUUUGUUACUAAAAAUCUGUAUCAUUUUAUAUUUAAGGUAUCUGAAAUUAGGAGAUUAAGUAGAAUUCUAACAGAGGAUUGGCACCAUCUAAAUGGAUAAUGUUCCUGCCAUUAAUCUCCUACACUUGAUACAAGGGUACGCUCAAUGUGACAAGAGUUCAGGCACAACAGUACACAAAAGCAAAACCACAUGAAACCACCAUCGCCCAAAAGUACUGAUGCUUCUUUUAAACCAAGAAAUAAAGAGAUGUUGUAGAUUUGCAGUCUUGAUUUUUUUUCCCCACUAGAAUGCAACUGGAGGGAGACUGGAAAUGAUAUUUUUGUAAGUGAAAGAUGGGAAGUCAGACUUCAAAAUAUUCUAUAUUUAAAUAGCAUGAUGAAAAUGCAAACACUCUCAUGCUGAUUAGUGAAUGAGAAUGUUAACAUGUUUUCAGUACAAAAGAAGAUGGCCAUUGCUUAAUUUCAGUGUUGUUCUACUUCAGUUCUUUUGUCUUUAUUCACAGGAUACACAAAUUUGCUGUAUACUAAAAUCUUAUUCCUGACUUAAAUUAUACUGGUUUUACCUGUGCAUGGGUGGUAUUUUCUACACUUUGAAUAAUUCAAACUUGCUACUGUCACUAUUUAUUUAACUUAAAAUAAAGUACAUUCUUAUAAUGUAUAGGUUGGCUUGCAGCAUUAAUUCAAAGAAAAACUGGAAUAGGAAUACAGCUUGUCAGUAAGUCCUUCCAAACAAAAAGUUCCUAUUUCAACCACAAGAAUAAAAGCAACGUACUAAACCCUCUCAUUACAGUUUUCUUUACACAAAUGCACCCUUCUCAAGUGUCCAAACUUAAAUAUAGGGAUACUUCUUAAUUUAUGCUGCAAGGGAAUCAGGUGUCUGAAAACUCAAGAAAUCUCUGCCUUAGGAAACAGCUACAAUAACAUUUAGUGUAACAGGACUGAUGUUGCCUUCAGCACUCCUUGUUCAGUGUUGUUGCGUGAAGUACAGAACCAUUGGCUGGACCGACUGAAAACUAGAGAACGUAUUAGACUAGAUUAAUGUAUGUACUAGAUCCUCAUUGUGUUAGGAUCCAAACUCUGUCCCCUUUCAGCCAAGCUUGCAUUUACUUUAGCAGAAGAUACACACAACCUACAGAGUGCAAAAUUUGAUCCUAUGGUAUUGAUAGCAACAAUGAUCAACAACUGCAUCAAACUAUCAGAACCAAGUCUGUUAAAUGCAGCAAUUUGUGAUUUUAUUCCAGGACUUCCAGCCCAUCACUAUAAAGGCCCUCAAUACUGUUUUUUAGUUUACUAACAAAAUGAACACAGAACUGUAAUUAAAGUGAUUCUCCUUAUGCUGCAAACAAUGUAACAUCAAACAUCAGCGUUAUGAAUAAAAUUACUUUCAAAAUUC